CAGAAAAAGAGGACAGCGUUUGUGAUGUUUUUUCAUACAAUAUUGCUUUAUUUCAGCCUCCUAGUAAACGGGCAAAAGCCACGUUGCCAUAUUAUGGAAAGUCCAGAGUAUCUUCUGCUGUCCAAGGAUGGAGACGUGACAAUUGGAGGAGCUUUUUCAAUACACAGUGGUGUUACACUGCCACCAAUGUCAUUUACUGAAAAACCCAAAUCACUGCUAUGUUCUAGAUUUAACCUCAGAGAACUGCGCUUUGCUCAGGCCAUGGUUUUUGUCAUUGAGGAAAUCAACAGAAGCAACAGCCUGCUCCCAAAUGUCUCAAUUGGUUACAGGAUUUAUGACAACUGUGGUUCGAGGUUCUUGUCUAUGAAGGCAUCCAUGGCUUUGAUGAACGGUCAGGAACUAACAGCAGCUGAAGCCUGCUCUGGACAGGCAUGGGUGCAGGCCAUCAUAGGAGAGUCUGAGUCUUCUCCAACUAUAGUCCUCGCCAAAACUACAGGCCCUUUUCAUAUCCCAGUGAUCAGUCACGCUGCAACAUGUGAAUGUUUAAGCAGCAGGACAGAGUACCCCUCUUUCUUCAGGACUAUAGCUAGUGAUUACUACCAGAGCAGAGCACUGGCCUAUCUGGUCAAACACUUCGGCUGGCUUUGGGUAGGAACCGUGAACAGCGACAGUGACUACGGCAACAACGGAAUGGCCAUUUUCCUGGAAGCGGCCAAAGAGGAGGGGAUAUGUGUGGAGUACUCUGAGAAGUUUGACCGGUCAGAACCUGCCAAGCUCAUGAAAGUGGUUGAGUCUAUUAAAUUGGGAACGACCAAAGUGGUUAUCAUAUUUGUCGCCCACAUUGAGAUGAACAUUUUAAUAGAGCAGCUAAUUCUAAACAACGUCACAGGCUUACAGAUGAUUGGCGUUGAGGGAUGGAUAACGGCUCCCAAUCUAAUAACUCCAACAAGCUACAAUGUUCUGGGUGGAUCUCUUGGAUUUGAUGUGGGAAAAUCAAACAUUGUUGGUUUUGCUGAUUAUGUUAUUAAAGAGUUUUGGGAAACAGCGCUGCCUUGCCUGCUUGCAGAGGGAAAUGUUUCUCAAACUCAAAAUGAUUGCAGCCAAUAUAAGGACCUGAUUCCAUUUAGAAACUACAAUGAAGACAUUUCUGAACUGCGAUAUGCAAACAACAUCUACAAUGGAGUUUAUGCUGUGGCACAUUCUCUACACAGUCUACUUAGAUGUACAGAAAACCAGGGCUGUGAGAAAAGGCAGACGAUACAACCAUGGCAGGUUGUUGAGUCUCUAAAAAAGGUCAAUUUUACCACAAAAACAGGAGAGCAGGUGUGGUUUGACAGCACCGGAGCAACAGCUGCAAAGUAUGACGUGAUCAACUGGCAGCGUGGGCCUGAUGGAGAAGUGCUGUUCAAGCAAGUGGGCUAUUUUGAUGCCUCUCUGCCUCCUGGACAGCAGCUUGUUAUAACUGCUAAAAAUAUUGUGUGGGCUGGAGGACAAGCCGAGAUGCCAAGAUCAGUGUGCAGUGAGAGCUGUCCUCCAGGCACCAGGAAGGCUCCUCAAAAAGGGAAGCCUGUCUGCUGCUAUGACUGUAUACUGUGUGCAGAGGGAGAGAUCAGUAACACGACAGAUUCAAAUAACUGUGAGCAGUGUCCAGAAGAAUACUGGUCAAAUGCUGAAAGGGAUAAAUGUGUUUUAAAGGCUGUAGAAUAUCUUUCAUUUACUGAAGUCAUGGGGAUAGUUCUAGUCCUGUUUUCUCUUUUUGGAGCAGCAUUAACGCUUUUCGUGGCCAUUCUGUUUCUGUUGAAGAAGGACACACCUAUUGUCCGAGCCAACAACUCAGAGCUGAGCUUCCUGCUGCUUUUUGCACUGCUUCUGUGUUUCCUCUGUUCACUUACUUUCAUUGGUCAGCCCUCCCAUUGGUCCUGUAUGCUGCGUCACACAGCUUUUGGGAUCAUCUUCGUCCUCUGCAUCUCCUGUGUUCUGGGGAAAACAAUAGUUGUAUUAAUGGCUUUUAAGGCAACACUUCCAGGCAGUAAUGUCAUGAAGUGGUUCGGGCCUCCACAGCAGAGACUCAGUGUUCUUGCUUUCACUCUCAUACAGGUCCUUAUUUGUAUACUCUGGUUAACAAUAUCCCCUCCUUUCCCCUACAAAAACAUGAAAUACUACAAGGAGAAGAUCAUAUUAGAAUGUGACUUGGGUUCAGCUAUAGGUUUCUGGGCUGUGCUGGGUUAUAUAGGAGUUCUGGCAGGUUUAUGUUUUGUUUUGGCUUUUUUAGCCAGAAAGCUUCCUGAUAACUUCAAUGAAGCCAAAUUCAUCACAUUCAGCAUCCUUAUAUUCUGUGCUGUCUGGAUCACCUUUAUUCCAGCUUAUGUCAGCUCUCCUGGAAAGUUCACUGUAGCUGUGGAGAUAUUUGCUAUUUUAGCCUCCAGCUUUGGUUUAUUGUUUUGUAUCUUUACACCCAAGUGUUAUAUUAUUCUCUUUAAGCCUGAACUAAAUACAAAGAAACAUAUGAUGGGAAAAGUAGUAUCAAAAUCACUUUAAGAAAUUAAUUAAAAUAUUUAUGUCUACAAACAAUGUUUGUUUGUCUCAGUCUCAAUGUUGCUGUGGUAAAACCUAAUUAAACUUAACAAUAAAUGUUUGUCCUGUACAAUAAACACAUACAUUAACUGAUCCGAGAUCCAUUGGUCUAAAAUGAAGAAAAUCAGGGGCAUCACUAGAUUUACAGAUAAGGGGCAAAUGUCUACUAGCACUGGGAUCCUGGUUGUAUGGAACAUUUGAAUAGGAAUUCCACGCAAAUCUUAGUACAAGAGGCCCUUGGUCACAGCUAGCACCAGGCAAAGAUCUAA